CUUUGGAAUCUAAUGCAGCUCGCAGUACAGGCUGAGUCGCUGCCUUGGAAACGCCACACAUGCGGAGCACGAACUGGGGGCCCAGAUUUCAGAGGCUUCUUCCUCCACUCUUCUCCUCCAUCCAUUCCUCCCAUCAGCAGUCAACUGGGCGGCUGUGCCACCACUGACAUGGACCCGCGGAAAUGCAGACAAUGCUGAAAGAGGGAGAGUGAAAAAGAAAAUAACUUGAAGCGGCGCACAGGCAGCUCGCUCUCCAUCUCUUCCCACCAGGUAAACCAUGCCCUUGGUAAAACGCAGUAUAGAGCCUAGACAUCUGUGUCGAGGUGCAGUACCUGAUGGAGUCACCAGUGAACUGGAGUGUGUUACCAACAGCACCCUCGCUGCCAUCAUCAAACAGCUUGGUAGCCUCAGUCGUCAUGCGGAGGACAUCUUUGGAGAGCUGUUCAAUGAAGCCAACAGCUUCUACAUAAGAAUGAACAACCUACAGGAGAGAGUAGACAUACUGGCUGUCAAAGUCACACAGCUAGACUCCACCGUGGAAGAAGUCUCUCUGCAGGACAUCAACAUGCGUAAAGCGUUUAAGAGCAGCACCAUCCAAGACCAACAGGUGGUCUCACGGACCUCAGUCCCCAACCCUGUGGUAGAGAUGUACCAUCGCUGUGACAAACCUCCACCGCUCAACAUACUCAGUACCUAUAGGGAUGAUAAGAAGGAUGCGUUGAAGUUCUACACAGACCCCUCCUACUUCUUCAUGCUGUGGAAAGAAAAGAUGCUGCAGGCCACGGAGGACAAGAGGAAGGAGAAGAGACGACAGAAGACCAGCUGUCCGACCCACUCUGACCAGGGUAGACCCCACAGCAGACAGGCUCCACCUCGCAGCCCACUACCCAGCUCCGAGCAGCACAAACAGGUAGAGGACCCGGGAAGGGAGGUGAAGAAGGUUCGUAAAGCCCGUAAUCGCAGACAGGAGUGGAAUAUGAUGGCUUAUGACAAGGAGUUCCGCCCCGAUACCAGACUAACCCCCUCACCCUAUCACGGAAUGUCCUCCGAGGGGUCGCUAUCACCCGAUAACAGGUCUGUGGCAUCAGACAUGGGCGAGCUCUCCUACCCGUCCAGCCCUAACCACCCCUCCCAGCCCCCCUCCGCCCCCCACCCCAUCGACGGUGUCCCCCACCUCACCCAGACACCACAGACCCAGUCCUUAGACAGGGGUGGGUACCCCCGACCUAAUCUCCCCUCUGGUAUAGUCGCUGGGGGAAGACAUAUCGCCUCUCUGGGGCGCACUCAGCUCCCCCACGCACCCCCCGCCUCCUCUGAGGGGGGGAGCACUCAAUGGGCCACGGCAGCAGUCGGUCAAGGACUACAGGGCAUAUGGCGCCCAGCCAUCAGCCAUCCCCGAGUACUUCACCCCCCCUGCCCCUCCCCCUCCCCCACCCCUCAUCCCGUCCACCCAGACUGCCUUCGACUCCACCUCCUCCUCCCCCAUUCUCCCCCCCGGGGCGGUGGCGGUCAUGUCCCGCCCUUACAGUCCCUCCCCUACGCCCCCGCCCCCCUGUCAACUAUAUCCCCUCCCCUCUCACACCCCCUCCGGUGCCCCUCCCGCUGCCCCCCCUCCUCCCCCACCUGGUCUACCCCCUCCCAUAUCCUGCCUCUGGCUCACGCCAUUGGUGGAGAAGCUCCUGCCACCAGGAAGGGUCAGAUGCCGAUGAUUCCGAUAAGCGACGCUCGCAGCGACCUGUUGGCUGCCAUACGUAGAGGUGUGCUUCCAAUCAGCAAUGCUCGCAGUGAACUGCUGGCAGCCAUACGCAGAGGUAUCCAGUUGAGGAAGGUCCAGGAACAGAGAGAGCAGGAAGCAAAGAGAGAGCCAGUUGGAAACGACGUGGCCACCAUCCUAUCACGUCGCAUCGCCGUUGAGUACAGUGAAUCAGAUUCCGACUCCGGCGGGGAGGACAACGGGGAGUGGUCCGACUGAAAUGGGUCAGGGGUCAAUAGGUUAAAGGGGACAAGUGUUAGAGGUCAAGUGGAGGUGCAUGUGAGGAAAGGGUAUUCAAAACUUUAUUCAAAAUUAUUGAAUUCAAUUUCUGUUGCCCACCACACACAUAUGGACUUUAAAGGGAUAGACCAACCACCAACCUACCUAACUCCCCCACUCUAGCACAUUGUUGUGUGCUUGAGUAGUAUUGCUAAACACACUACAUGACUUCUACUCAAGCACUAUAACACAAUCAAUGAAGCAAUGCUAUAGUAGAGGACUACAGUACAUACCCGUGUGCAGUCGUGGCCAAAAGUUUGGGAAUGACACAUUCAUUUUCACAAGUCUGCUACCUCAGUUUGUAUGAUGGCAAUUUGCAUAUACUCCAGAAUGUUAUGAAGCGUGGUCAGAUGAUUUGCAAUUAAUUGCAAAGUCCCUCUUUGCCAUGCAAAUGAACUGAAACUCCAAAAAAACAU